AGGAUUAAGAGCUGAGCUACAUUUGUAAAGCACGUCAGUCAGCUUGCCUCUUCAGUCCAGUCCAGUCAAUUCCACCAUGCUUGCUUCACUAAUCCUGCUAUGGCUUUGUGUUUUCAUCAUCAUCUUUCUGCUCAAAUCCCAGAGGCCGAAGAACUUCCCACCGGGACCCCUUGUUCUGCCGAUAGUGGGGAACAUUUUGCACCUGAGUCUAGACAACCCCUUGAAGGACUUUGAGAGGCUGAGGAAAUCUUAUGGAAAUGUCUACAGUCUGUACAUGGGUUCCAGACCAGUUGUGGUCAUCAGUGGAGUGAAGGCCAUGAAGGAGGCUUUAAUAACCAAGGGGACUGAGUUUGCUGGACGACCCCAAGACCUGUUUGUCAAUGUUGCUACCGAGAAUAAAGGAGUGAUACUGACAGAUUAUGGUCCUAGUUGGAAGGAGCAUCGUCGCUUUGCUCUGAUGACCUUGAGGAACUUUGGUCUGGGCAAGAAUUCUAUGGAGGAGAGGAUUCAUGGAGAGACACAAUACAUCAUUCGGACACUGGAAAAGAGCAUUGGCAAAACCAUGAGUCCUCAAGUCAUGUUUCAUAACGCUGCCUCCAACAUCAUCUGCCAGGUUCUGUUUGGUACACGCUACGAGUAUGAGGACGAGUUCAUCAAAACGAUUAUUCAGUGCUUCACUGAAAAUGCCAAGAUAGCCAAUGGACCAUGGGCCAUGCUGUAUGACUCCUUUCCCAUGAUCCGUAGGCUGCCACUGCCCUUCAACAAAGCCUUUAAAAAUAUUGAGAUUUGUCAGAAUCUUGCAAAACGCUUGUUGGCCGAGCACAAGGAGACCAGAGUCCCAGGGGAGCCCCGAGACUUUGUUGACUGCUAUAUGGAUGAACUGGACAAGAGAGGCAAUGAUGGCUCUUCAUUUUCAGAAGACCGACUGAGCAUGUAUGCUUUAGAUAUUCACUUCGCUGGGACUGACACUACCUCCAACACUCUGCUUACUGGUUUUCUCUACCUUAUGACCCACCCACACAUACAAGAGCGUUGUCAACGGGAGAUAGACAACGUGUUGAAAGGGAAGGAUCUGGCCACUUUUGAAGACAGACACCAGAUGCCUUAUACACAGGCUGUGAUCCAUGAAAUUCAGAGGAUAGCCAACACUGUCCCACUGAGCGUCUUCCACUGCACCACAACUGACACGGAGCUCAUGGGAUAUUCCAUUCCCAAAGGUACAAUGAUCAUCCCUAACCUGACCUCUGUGCUGAAUGAGGAGGGGCAAUGGAAAUUUCCUCAUGAAUUCAACCCUGAAAAUUUCCUUGAUGACAAGGGAGAGUUUGUGAAACCAGAAUCCCUCAUGCCUUUCUCUGCAGGUCCUCGUAUGUGUCUUGGAGAGGGUCUGGCACGUAUGGAGCUCUUUCUCAUCAUUGUGACUCUGCUGAGGAAGUUUAAGUUCAUCUGGCCUGAGGAUGCAGGAGAGCCAGACUACACACCAGUCUACGGAGUAACUCUGACUCCCAAACCUUAUCACAUGAAGGUCGAACUCAGAGCAACGCAGUAAAGCAGUCUGCAGACACACAGCGGAAGCAUAUGAGGUUAAGUCCUGGGAAUAAAUACAAUGAAAACAAUAGAGCUUUUUGUACUACUGGUAAAUUCAGUAAAAAGAGUCAAAAAAGUGAAAUGUACCAAAAUAUAGGUAAGCAGAACAGAGUGUUCAGUGAUGUUUUGACUUAUUAGGCCUCCAAACUGAUCCAACUGGCCUGCUCAGUAGUCCAACCAUCAUCAAUAUUUAUAUGGUUCCACUAGCCUUAUCAUCCAUCCAUCUAGCCAUCCAUUGUCUAUACCACUUUAUCCAUCAUACCUGACACGGUUAAUAACAACUACCAUCAUCAGCUAACCACAUACUGAAAAGUCUCCUACAAGUUACCUGUCAGUUUGUAUAACUUCAUUUUUGCUCAUCUUAGUUUUGUUUGUAAAAGAUAAAAUGUACUGGACCAGAAGUGAAAUGCAAUAAAGUCAAAUUUUUAGCCUUUUAACACA